GCUCCAACGUUAUUUUACAAGUCGAAAAUUUUACUCAACAAAUUCACAGUGCUGUUUAUUGACAAAUUCCGACAUCGAUCAUGAUUGUUCAUAGCAAACACCUCUGAAGUCUAUUUCAUUUAUGAGUUUCGUCUUACUAGGUACUGUGUAUGGACCACCCGCACAGUUCGCCCAGCUCAUCGUGUCUACCAGCUACCAGUGCUAAAUCUCGACCCCGCAACUGCCCUUGAUAGCAUCAAAAAGUAUAUUUACGUACCUUGCUUUAUAAAAGUUCAUACGCGUUUCCCAUCACAACCUCAACCUCAACAUCAACAUCCACAUCCACAUCAACAUCUAUCUCCAUCAAUUUACCAAUUAUUAUCACCUUUAUUCCAUUGUAUUAUCUUGCACCACAACUCAAUCAAGAUCUCCAUUACUCGAUAUCAAACAUACAUUGCCUAUCUUCACUCACUUCAUUGCUAUCAAGUAUCACUCUCGAGUAUUAUCAUUUCGAGUAGCCUAAAUCUACCAUCAUCAAACGGGUAUCGUCUACCACUAUCAAUUAUAAUAAAAAGGACCACGCACACAAUUAGAAACAAUGCUUCGCCGCCCCCCCACAACACUUACCCUCACCGCUGAGGACGUGGCAUCUUAUGAAGAUAGACGUUUCGCUUCACAAGCCCAAUCUCAACCACAAACUCAGGUUCACUCACGGGCUACCUCUCAUCCACCGUUCCCGCAGCAACCAGAACAUACAGCAAUGGAUACUUCCCCAUCUAUCACACCGUCUCCCCCGCCAGCAGGUGAUGAUGAAGACAUGCAAGAUGUAGAUGUCGACGACGCUGACACCACUGACCCCUUCAUAACCGCACCUCGGCGUGCUGCCCGCGACCAAUUCGCAACGCGUGAAGUGUCUCCGGGCGCCGCGAGAGCCGCAUACAUACAACAGGUACGUGCGACUAGGAGUCAGCAACAACAACAACAGCAGCAGCAGCAGCAGCAACAUCCUACAAACCUUCCUGCGGCUGCGCCUGCCCCUCCAACAAGGAUGCAACGAAUCACAGGUGCUACUCAACCAGCCGGGGCCACUAGGACAAGGACGGCCACGAGUCGGCAAGGAAGUACCGAGCCGUCGGCCGUGCCGGCACCGGCACCGGGACGCAUGAUGACGAGGAGUCGAGAAGAGCGGAUAGGCGUUGCCGGGUCGGCGGCUACGGGAGCGGCUGGGGGUCCCCGAAGGAGGUGAAACCGGUCUCGUUCACGUCCUCAUCCCUACAAUUCGUAAGUAACCCUUUUCUACUUCAUACUUGUCUAUUGCAGUAUUAAUUGGAAUAGCUGAAGAGGAACAACGAUGAAAU